CCUGUACCUGGCGCAGGGAUCGGAUGUUACCGCGAGGACAUGACCACAUCAAGGUGUCUAGAAUUGUGUUGUUCAAGGGAGCAAGAGCAGUAUCUAUACGCAGGCCUGGAAUCCUCUAGUGAAUGCUUCUGCGGGAAUGCCAAUUCGGAUUUCGCCUCCACCCAGCCGAAUCCACUACCGGAUGGAGGUUGUAACCAGCGAUGUUCUGGAGACUAUGGAACGCGAUGUGGCACGGUGUUUAAAAUUCAGAUAUAUGAUUGCGAUGCCUGGAACGGACGUGAUGUUCGAUGUCCAGUUCCACCAGCGCCUGAGAAUGGUAUGGUGGACGGCACAGCAAGGGACUUUGCCCCUGGUGACGUCGUAUCAUUCUCUUGUAUCGAGGGAUAUAGCAUCGUAGGGCAAGCUACAUCACUGACCUGUGGUACCAAUGGCGAAUGGAACUCGGGUCCGCCAAUGUGUCAAGGAGUGGUCUGCCCUCUUCUCCCCGACUAUCCAAAUGCUAUUCCAAGUACAACCGAGAGGGCGUAUGACACUGUUGUGACUUUUGAGUGUGAGGAAAAUUAUCGUCAUGUCCGAAAUGAACUUUCAUUCUUAACAUGCAGCGGCGAUGCGUCAUGGACCGGGACUACGCCACUUUGCAGAGAUGAGAGUGACUGUAAUGUUCUUCAGGACUAUCUCAAUGCGAUCCCGAGUCUCGUGGAUGAAACAGCAUUGGGGACGAGAAUCACGUUUACGUGUAGUCCAGGACUAAGACUAGGAGACAACGAGACUAUGAUCAAGACAUGUACAGAGAACCAAAGAUGGAUAGGACAGGAUCCAGUUUGUGAUGAUAUUGAUGAAUGCGAAGAUAGCCCCUGUCAGAAUGGAGGAAGAUGUCGGAAUACCGAGGGAGAUUACGGCUGCAUAUGUACAUCAGGAUUUACAGGCAAGGAUUGCCAAUUUGCAGAUGUUAUCUCACCGUCGACUCCUGCGGGCAAUGGAACCAAUGUAGGAGGAAUAGGAGGCGAAGAAGGUGGAUUUCCUACCUGGGCUUGGGUUACUAUUCUCAUUGUAUCUGUCGUUGUUCUACUAAUAUUAAUUGCUUGGUUAAUAAUCUAUCGAAGCAAAAGGAAAUCUAAAAGAGCCGAUCCCAGAUUGCUACCCCAUAAGACAGCAGCGGUUUCACCCCGCCUACACCAUGCCGAUGGCUACCACAGUGGGCGCUCCUCCCGACAUGGCAGCGGUUUCAAACCUAACAACAAGCAUUCAGGGGAGUACGAGAACAAUGCUUACACCGAUUCAUUGCCAGCUUUCACCAGUGCGACGCAGAACCAAACCCCAUCGUCUCAUCGAGUCACAGUUCCACCGGGCCCGUCUAUCGGAGCUGGUAUCGCUAGGAACGUUGAUAGACUACCUGAGAACACCCAGCACCGGGACAGAAGUGCCUUUCAAGCUCCUCGUGACCGACAGAGAACAGCUGCUAAACCACUGGUCGUCCUUGCCCAAGCUGCAUCAUCGCCACAAUCAUCGACCACUUCGACACCUAUAUUGUCCCGUCGUACUCCUGCAGGCCCUUCGGGAAAUCCUCCAUCAUCAGGUACUAACCUAGACAGACCAGUUUCUCGCAACCCUUCUGCAGUAUCUUCUGCUCCUCGUCCCGUUGCCCGUAACCCUUCCGACGAGUCAACUUCCGGUCGACCGGUUUCCCGAAACCCUUCUGCUGUGUCAACUGAAACACGACCAGUCGGUCGUAAUCCUUCUGCGGUGUCAUCUGCUGCACGACCAGAGAGUCGUCAUGCUCCCGCAGCAUUACCUGCUGCUCAACCAGUUGCUCGUAGUCCUUCAGCUUUGUCAACUUCAAAUAGGCCAGCAGCCGUUGGACCGACUGAGAUCGCUAGUCCUCGACCACUAUCUCCCGUAGCGCGGCCUAUCACACUGAAUCAAUCUCCCGCAUCUCGCCCUAUCCCCCUAGACCAAUAUCCCUCAUCUAGACCUGUCAACUUGAGCCAAUCCCCCGGAACAUCAGUGGAGGAAUCCCCUGUUCACAUCGUACCGAUAUCUCCAUCUCCAACCAAACCAAUCAGACGAUUCCCAUCCAAUGUGGAAGCACCACCACCGGUAUCGGUCAAACCAGUGCAACCACCACCGACUAGUGCACCUAAAUCACCACCACCAGUUGCACCCAAGCCUGUGUUGGCUCCGAACGCUGUUAGGGUUCUUCCACCAAAGGCAGCUCGCGCCGUACCUCGAUCAACGAACAAAGUUCUUCCCGCGGCACAUCUAAAUACGAAUCCUUCAACGGACGAAGACGACGUCGACACAAGGAGAUCCCGAUUGAAUGUAGAAAAGCAGAACAAGAAGUUGCCUGUCUAUAAUGAAAACCUUGAUAGUGAACUGCAAAGGGCUCUGCUGAACAGGAGAAAGUUUUCAACGUCAGACGAAGAAAGUAUGGAUGACAGGGGUCCGUUGCUUUCUUCUUCUGGACUUCGUCCUGGACCAUCUUCGGGAGCCCUUGCGCCCCAAAGAGCCCAGGCUGGUCCUUCAAGACAAGAGCCAUCUCCUGGGGAGCUUGCGGGAGCGCCUCUCGGAGACUCACCAAGAUCAGUGUCUCCUGUUGACUCGUUGGAUGGUCAAGCUGAUGGAAAGAAAGGAGAAGACAAAGAGGGAGAAAAUAAAGAAAAGGACAUGCUAGAUGAUUUCUUUGAUGGCGUAAAAGAAAAGUUUGAUGAUUGCACGGUUUCAUAGAAGAAUGUCAAGCACUGGCGCUCAUAGGUUUGAUUUUAAUUUGCAUACACAAUUUUGAGUGUUCUCUUGCAUUUAAUAUGAUCACCUCUCGUUUUCGUUAUCCUUGUAAUUGAUAUAUAAAACGCAAAUUUUCGAAGUAAAAUAUGAUGGCCUUCUUG